CCAGGGCAGGGCCCAACACGAAGGGACGCAACUGGCAGCAGCAGCUGUCACGCAGGCCAUCGCGGGCCUGACCGACGCCGCCUGUCACUCACCCAGCGGAGGGCCGUCAAUCAGGCUGCACCCGGGAGGGGGCUGGGGGAGGCGGGCCCCGGCCCGGCCCCCAACAAAGACAUACUUACAUUUGCAAGCGGUUUCAGCGGCACUACUAUUUUGAAAGAAUGAUAGAGUGGUCCUGAUAAGAGUAGUGACAGAGGACAAAGAGUGGAGGGGGGUCCGGGGGGGUCAGAUAGUGGAGAGGUGGGAGAGCUUGAUAACAUUCACACUUUGCUUACAUCUCUCCAUUUGUGUUGGUGCCCCGGGGAAAUCUCAUUAGGGAGUUCUGGUCCGAGACCAUUAUGCAUUUGUUUUCAAUUGAUUAUCUGUGCUUCUCACUGAGUUCAUUUCUUUCACGAGUUGUUGCUUGUCUUUAUUGGGAUUUUUCUUUUUUAACGUUCUGUCUGAAAACACAUUUAAAAUAUGCAAUUUUAAGUCCAAGUCCAGAGCAUCUUCCCCCGAUAAAAUGAAUAUAAUUAUAUUAUCUCCUCUGGCUCAGUUUCUGUCAUCUUCCCCCCCCUUUCAGUAUCUGGUGCAGUAAAUAUAAACUAACAAGCAGUAGGUGUGGAAGACUCAGCGGAUUCUCUUUAGGCUUUUGUCGUCUUGUUCACACCUAGCGAGGGGCUAUUCUAAUUGCGUGUUUCGCCCCUUUGUAGCUCACAGGUAAAGGGGAUUGUUUGUAAUUCAGGUCACACCUAAACCUUUUGUCCCGAUCUGCUCAUUAGCCCUCCCCCCCCCCUUGCACCGUCGUUCUGCGUUUUUCAUCCGAAGCCCGGGCCUUUCUGUGCAGCGGGUUAUGUUGAAUAUACACAGGAUUAGGUUCACAGCACUGUUACAAUGCAGAGGAAUGGCUUUUCUUCUCACAGAAAAAAAAAGAAAAAGCUAAUUCCAUCCUCUUUGCUAUCUUGUACUGUAUCUCUUGGGGUGCUGAGAACAAUCGUCUUCCAUUUGGUCACUUCUCUCUCCUGCAAACGACUGACAUCCUAAUGGCAAACAGAACAAAUUCGACCUGUCAGAGCAGGACCAACGCCUGCAUUGUGCCAAGAGAGGAAGAGAAUGAAAAGAGGUUCUACAAGAGGGACAAAGGCCGCUGCCCUGAGCUGUUUGUGUUGUGAGACGUAGACUAGUGAUGCCAUAGGCCUCCUUCUCUUUGCACUCCAGCUGGACUAUUGUUGCUCCUGUUCAAAUUUGUUUUAUGGUUCUGUGCAACCCAAAGAAAUGCCUACUUUCCCUGCUCCGUCACCGCGUUUUAGCUUCGGUAAAAUGUUUUUUUGUACUCUAUGAAUUGUUUCAGCAUUUCUUCCAGGAACAUUCCAAUUUCUUGACAUGCAUUUACCGUUGAAAACACAUUAUAAUUAUAUGUUUAGAAUUUGAAGUUUUUUUUUCUUCGUAAAUCUGCAAGUGAGAUGAAAAACGGCGUUCAUACACUUGUUAUAAUGGCUAAUAAUAAACAUUGGUUGAUUGUAGACGUUUUUGUAACUUGCAAAACUUUCCAUUUUCCAAUGAUUCAUUUCGUAUUUAUUGCAUUUUAAAUGAACAUUAAUGUGUUUCAUAACGUACAUGCAAGUGUUGUUAUUUAUAACAAAUAUAAGAGGUGAGUUGAAUAACAAAAGCAUUAUUCAAAAUAAACCUAUGGAUUUUCAGGAGUUUUAUCAAAAGCAAAUCCAGAGCCACUUAUUGAAGGAGUUGUAGAGUAAAUACAAACUCCUGAGCCGAAUUGAAGCCUCUCACAGCAUUUCAAAUAUAACAUUGGACAUCUACAUUUUGGAUUAAGACUAAAAAGCAUCAACAACGGAGGAAUAUAAAUCUAAACAAAAGUCAUUCAUCUAAAAAAUGAAAAUAAAUAUUUUAAACUGGCUUUAGGUAUCAUCUGCAUCUGGGCAUCACCACCCCUCUUAAUGCGUUUAAUAUAAUAAUACAAAUGAUGCAAGAUAAAAGAGGUGAAGCUCCCUUGAACCCAAACACCGAGCUUAUGUGGCUCUUUUGAAGGGCAUGAAGGUGGGGGGGGGGGGGGGGGGGGUGGAAUAAUAAGUGUAAUCUUCUCCUCUUAUCUCCAACAACCCCCUCCACACAUACACACACACACACACACACACACAUUAGCAUCUGUUAUCUCACAAUUAUCAUAUACAUUAGUCAACACCUGUUUCGCUUAACCUCGUUUAAUUAGUCCCAUUGAAACGUUGCGCGUCAUUCACAACAAUGCCAUCCGACAUGUAAAGGGACGUUUGUUAUGGUUCAGCCAAUAAAUGAACAAACACAAAGAACGUGAGAGGCCACUUCAUAACUUGGUCAUUUUCAUUCAAUGAAAAGUCCGCAAGGAGUGUCUCACGUCGGUCCAGUGACACUUUUACGCGUGCGUAAAACGUAAUCGAAUUGUUUAUUCGCGUAAUUUAAUGACUUUGAGAUAGUUAAUUCAAUUCACAAAACUACAGAUCUGUAGGGACUGACGUGUCAUAAUCGACAGCAGAGCCUCGCGGGAUGUUGUUAACUGAAUUCAGGUCAUUUUCAAAGCUCCCGGUUGAUUAGUGCUAGACAUGCGAAGUGUUAAAUUCGUCAUUAAAAAACACAUCAAACUGUGGUAAGUGUCUUGAAAACUAGAAGUUCAAUACAAUUCAAAUAAAAAUAAAUGCAAAUGCUCAAAUAGAAAAUAUCACGUCAGAAGAAAUGCAAUUGAUGUCGUUGUUGUAUUCUUGUGUUUGAGAGCUGCAUAUGUAAAAAGAGUUGAAAACGUUUUUAAAAUUAGAUCAAUGGCAUUAUCUAAAGACUGUAUAACAAAAAUAUGAACUGACGGUUAACCCCGAAUCUCCAUUCACUCCUCAAAAGACAAAUGUUGCAUAUGCAUUGAAACUUAAGUUCUUUACAAACAAAUCGUGUGUCGCGAUAAGCAGCGCAGAUCUGGCCUCUCCGCGAAAAACGCUAAAAGGAACAGCGGAGGGCCUCUUUGAUGGGAUUUGUUGCCAGUGAAAGCUGUGGGUCUUUUGAACGUAGCUGUCAGUCACCACCAGUGGCACCUCCCCCUGCACCACCCCCCCCCCCCCCCUCCAACGAACACUCGCUGGCAGCUGGGUGUGUAUAAAUAGUUGCAGGAGGUCGGAUCGCCACUCGAAGCCGAAUAGCUGGGACGCAGCAAAGAUGCCCGCAUCGCAAACUGGAAUUGGCAGUUUUUUCUUGGAGCGGAACGUCAGCAUGCCGACUGGAUAUCAGAUCCCGUUGUUGGGAUGCCCGCCGGGUCUGCAGCAACAACAGGCUCAGCAUCUGGCUGCGAUGGCAGCUGGAGUUCCGAUAACGUACUCUGGACUACAGGGAUACAACUUCAUCCCCUAUGCGCACCACCGGCACAUCGCACACAUGAACCACGGGUUUGACCUGAAGGCCGCAUCUCCCUACCAUCACGCGCUGCUGGCUCGCGGGGGCCCUUUCUAUCCCCCGUACCGCCACGGAGCGGCCGAGGAUCCCGGCAGGGUCGCCAAAGUGGCGUCCCGAGAGAGCACCGGCGCGCUCAAGGCGUGGCUCAACGAACACCUGAAGAACCCGUAUCCCACCAAGGGCGAGAAAAUCAUGCUCGCCAUCAUCACCAAAAUGAGCCUCACGCAGGUCUCCACCUGGUUCGCCAACGCGAGACGGCGCCUUAAGAAGGAGAACCGGGUCAGCUGGGCGUGUAAGGGCAAAUCGGACGAGGAGGAGGAGGAGGAGGACGAGGACGAGCAGGAGGGAGAGAGCGACGACGCCGACGUUUCCACGCCGAGCUGUCACCUGGACGAGGAGGAGCCGCGCGGCAACCCUGCGCGCGCGGACGAGCGCGGAGACGGCGCUCUGGAGAGCUCGGAGUGCGCGGGCGCGCGCUCGGAGUCGCCGCGGCCGCCGAGCAGCGAGCGCGACGGCGGCGGGAAGCUCGUCGCACUCGUCGAGAGAGUCGGAGAGGGCGACUCCGAGCGCACGCUGCCCGCGUCGGAGGGCAAACAGAACAUUGGCGCGCAGAAACCCAAAAUCUGGUCUUUGGCCGAGACCGCCACCUCGGAGACGGUCAAGAAACCCCUGGACAACGUGUACCGCCCGGCCGGGAAACUGUGGGCUGAGUGGGCUUCGAGAAACGGACUGUUCGUCCCGUCGUGUUACACCACUCGGGAAGUUGUCUGAGUGGGUAUUUAGGCACACAGAGAGAGAGAGAGAGAGAGAGAGAGAGACACUUUUCCACAUCUAUGCACUUUAAAAACGUUCAAACCUCAGGGAUUUUGGUCGGUUAUUCCUGAAGUUUGCAGUGAAAUGAAACCCUGUUUUGAGACCAAAGAUUGAGACGUGUUGUUGUAAAUAAAUGUAGAUGUAUUUUUUCCAUCGCCAACAUGUAAAUUAUGUUCCCUUUGUCUGUUCAUGAAUAAAUAUUUUGCUUAAAUAAAGUCUGCUUCUAGACAUUUGUUCUACUGCUGUAUUGGACAUAAUGGCGCAUUCAUACAGUUACACCUCAGAUAGAUGGACAGCCUCGUGCUUUAUUGUUAUUAUGAAUCCCAAGAAGUUAGACUACUUCGUGUUAAUGAGGGUUCUGCACUAACGGUGGCAUUUUCUUCAACAUCAACCUUAAAUUCACAUGGAAGACAAAAAGAGAAUGUAUUCAUGUAAAUUGAGUAUGAAGAGAGUAUUGGCCUUAGUUUGCAUAUCAAACCCGACAGAGUCUGUUUAAUCUUCCCAAGCAGGUUUAUGGUCAGAUGGUUGCUGGUUAAUCCCCACAAUUACGCUUUGAAAAAAACGUCAGACCUGAUUUGUCUUAUAU